CGGCUACUUCUCGCGAUGUUUGGCGGCGCGAAAGGCGGCCAUUUUGGGGUCCCCCCCGCUGGUGGCUCCGGCGGCGGCGGCGGCGGCGUCUUCCCGGCUGCGGCUGGGACCAAAGCUGGCCCCGCAGGAGGAGGCCGGCCGGCCGACACGAUGUGGCGGCUCCGCUGCAAGGCCAAGGGUGGCACCCACGUUCUGCAGGGGCUGUCCUGUCGGACCCGCUUACGGGAACUUCAGGGCCAGAUCGCCGCCGUCACCGGCAUCGCUCCGGGCAGUCAGCGCAUCCUCGUCGGCUACCCGCCCGAGUGCCUGGAUCUCAGCGACCGGGACACGAUGCUUGGGGACCUGCCCAUCCAUUCAGGUGACAUGCUGAUUGUUGAAGAAGACCACACCAGACCAAAAGCUUCACCUGCAUUUUCCAAACACGGUGCUCCUAGCUAUGUCAGGGAAGCUCUGCCUGUGCUUACCAGAACUGCAGUCCCGGCAGACAACUCUUGCCUCUUUACCAGUGUGUACUAUGUCGUUGAAGGAGGAGUCUUGAAUCCAGCUUGUGCCCCUGACAUGAGAUGCCUCAUAGCACAAAUUGUAGCAAGCGAUCCAGACUUCUAUAGUGAGGCAAUCCUGGGGAAAACAAACGAGGAGUAUUGUGAAUGGAUCAAAAGGGAUGACACUUGGGGGGGAGCCAUUGAGAUAUCCAUUCUGUCUAAGUUUUAUCAAUGUGAAAUAUGUGUAGUGGAUACACAGACCGUCAGAAUUGAUCGUUUUGGGGAAGAUGCGGGGUAUACCAAAAGGGUGCUGCUCAUCUACGAUGGCAUCCACUAUGACCCGCUUCAGCGUGACUUUCCCGAUCCAGAUACGCCUCCUCUGACCAUUUUCUCCUCAAAUGAUGAUAUCGUUCUUGUACAAGCCCUGGAGUUAGCUGAUGAAGCUAGAAAAAAGAGACAGUUUACUGAUGUAAACCGCUUCACCCUGAGAUGCAUGGUGUGUCAGAAGGGGUUAACUGGACAAGCAGAAGCAAGGGACCAUGCCAAGGAGACAGGCCAUACCAACUUUGGAGAGGUGUGAUGUGUUCAUGAUAAGAGUUGGAGCCUACUACCUCACAGAUCCAGAAGGCUCUGGGUUUUCCAAUAAGCUAUUCAUAACCCUACAGAAUAGAAGAACACAGUGCUUGGACCAUCCUUUUAACUUAACCAGUAUGACUGACACUGAAAAUCCUUGUUAAGAUUAAAAUUAGUGUGCAAGUUUACAGAUGUGUGGCUACACUAGUGGCAUGCCCUCUUCCUACUAGGGUGACGGAAUAGGUGGCUUGGGCCACUGCUGAUGCUGACCUGAAGACUGGAUUUAUUAUAAACCAGCACCCAGCGGCUUUAACUUAUAGAAGAAAGCAUCCUAUUUUAGGUAAUGUGGAAAGCUUUGUGGAGGGUCACUGGACAUACACCGCAGUAUCUCCAGUAGUUGAUUCCUUUUAAUAACUCUGAAUGAGUUAGAAGUUUCUAAAUUCUGAAUUGAUUCAUCCAAUGAAGACACUCAGAAUUGUCAAAAUUUUUUAUAUUGCAAUUUGGUAGACUUUAUAAGUGUAUCUAACAACUUAUAAGUGCAUAAAAAGCAAUUUUACAGGGAUGCGUGUGUUCCUGGAGAAUGUUAUCUAAAACAGGAAUGGGGUCCUGUUGGAGAGUUCUAGUGUAUAGAAGUGGAAUGUAUAAGGGGGAAAGGUGCCUGAAGCAGCUUCCUGAAGCUUUAAAAGACCGUUGGCCUCUUGUUUUAAUGCAAUUCACUGUUGGUGUUUCUCACAUUAGAUACAUUUUUUAAAUGAA